GAACAAGGCCCUCAAAUUCAACCAAAUUAGCAGCCGUGUUCGACACUAACUAGACUUGGACUAAAAGAGAGGGUCACAUUCUAACACCCAAAUAAAUAAAGCAAAAGCAAAAGAAGGGACUUAUCUCAUUUUAUUUACAAAAGGAAAAAAAGACCCGAAAAGGGAGUACAAGGCCAAAGGUCCUCCCUAGAGGCCUACAGACCCAUUACCCCAUUCCAAUUUCAAGCCUCGAAGCUAUGUGAAAUGACUGAAUGAGUCAAAUUUCCACAAAAAAGAAAAAAGAAAGAAAGAAAAGUGAAGUGGGACAGCGGCAAAGGGGACCACUUUGCUUGGGAGUCUCAUAAACUAGGUUGUUACUGUGCCUAAAGGGGCUGUAGGUGCCCCACUUGCAGCACCUCUUCAACACACUGCAAAGCAAGGAAAAACGAAAAGUGGGUAAAGUGGUCACAGGAUCUAAGGGCGGGCCUUUCUUUUGAAAACAAUGCCACAAGCCCAAUAUGAAACCCACGUUCCUAUUAACAGCCUAACCGUCCCUCUAACUGCUACUUCCCCUCUACUAUUCAAUUCUCUUCUUAUCACCUCUUCCCUUUUUAUCUCCUAUCUCUGCUUUCUUCAAACCUUAAACCAGAUAAUUCUUACCCAGAGAAUUAUCAAACGAUGAAGUGGGGAAGAAAGAAACCUUCUUCUCCUUCCUCCUCGUCCCGGGCUUCUUCCAUGUCUCGUGUCUUUCCUGUUUCCUGGUUUUCUAAGUUUAAGCAAAUGGGGGGCAGUUCUAGGCCUCAACCCGAAAGAGUGAAGCCAAAAGGGAGGAAGAAUUCGCCUUCUAGGAGUUCAUGGCAGCAUGCUAGUUGUGGAGACGGUAGAUUCUAUGGCGGAGGAGAUGAUGGCUUUUGGAGAUUAUCGUUUGGAGAGGAGGAUGAUGUCAUGAAAAGGAGAGAUAGAUGUAUUUUGAGGUCUGUUCUGUAUGAUUCGGAUGAUGAGGUUGAACUUCCAUUGUCAAGUUGCAGAAGCUGCAGAUCCAGUUCUACAAAAGUGGGGGAAAGAGGGGAGUCCCAGAAGUUCAGUGACAUGGUGUCCGAUGAAAGAAAGAUGAGAAAAUUGCAUGGAGACGUAGAGAUUUCCCUGGGGAAUGGUGCACAUAAAGGAGAAAAAGGAAGGCAGGAAACAAAAUUCAAGAUACCCAGGCAGGAAACUGUGAAAGAGCGGAGAUCACGAAAAGCUAACGGAAGGGUUUUGAAAGAGAAGUGGUCAGAAUUUGAGAAUGAAUUAGAUGCAGCAAAGAAAUCAACAAAAUCAGUAGAAAAGCAUAGCUUGAAACCAGAACCAGUAAGUAGAAUUCAAACUAAAGGAGAGCAUAGCAAGUUAACAACCUCUCAUCCAAGGAAACAUCGCCAUGCCGCUUCCAUGAAUUUAAGAAGUUCGAUUCUAGGAACAAUUGAAGAAGAUUGUACAUUUGCUUCUCUUAAUUUGGAAGAACCUGAUGCACCUAGUAAAGAAGAAAAAAGAAAAUUGAAAGAAAUGGACAUCAAGGAACUAAUGUCAAAGAGUGAGAACCAGAGAAAAUCCAUUCAUCUAAGCAGGGAAUUGCAGAGCAGAACAAAACAGAGGAGCAAAAUCAGAGUUCACUCACCAAGAACACCUUCCAAGGUGGAAAUUUGCAAAAUAAAAGCCCUGGAAGACAUGAAGGCCAAAAUGAAGAUGAAGAAGAAGAUUGAGGAGAGAAUUCUUGAAGGAAGAACACAAAUAGAAAGCUUUGCUGUUGUAAAAAGCUCCCUUGACCCACAGAAGGACUUCAGAGAUUCGAUGAUUGAAAUGAUCAUGGAGAAAGGGAUUAGCCAGCCAGAAGAACUCGAGGAACUCUUGGCUUGUUAUCUGACAUUGAACUCAGAUGAAUACCAUGACCUCAUAAUCAAGGUCUUCCGGCAGGUAUGGUUUGGCUUGAACCGAGCUUAUUUUGAUCCUGAAUUACAGAAUGAACAUUGCUAUGAAUGACCAACUUGUAAACAUAUUGCAAAUCCUAACUCUCAAUUUUCUUAUAUUAUGCCACUAAUUUUCAUUAAUCUGAAGGAUUUAUUGCCAAAGAAGAAUCAAAAUAGGUUCUCUUAUGCAACUUAAGAGAAGAAUUUCUGUUGUUCUAAUUUCAUGCAAAAUAGAGUGUAUGCUUAGAUGAUGAUGUUCUACCAAUGUACCGAUUAAGCGAUUCC